CAUAUAAUAAACCAGCCGCGCAGCUAGCAAAUCAGUCAGAGAGUCCCAGCGAGCAGACGUGAGCAGACGUGCCAAAAAGUGCUAGGAAUAAAACAAAAGAGUGCUUCCAGACACAGAUACCCUACAUUCGCACACUUACUCGCAGGUUAAGCUGUUUUUUUGUUCGUGAAAGAAAAGAAACAAUAGGCGAAAAGAAAAGUGCGGUGGCAAGCGAAAGAGCUUGAUAGCGAAAGACCGAGAAGCGAAAGAAAGAAAAAGUGAAAAGGGCAGCAGAAAGCAGCGCAAGAGGAACCAAAGAGAACAGAUCAUGGCCAGUGCAGAGCAGAAACACGCCACCGGGAACGGAACAACUGGCAAUGGAACGGCGGUGAACGAUGUGGACCAGCCCAAGGAUGCCAAGGACCUGUUGCCGCACCUCGAGUCCCUCGAGCGGAUCAUCAAAUUGCCCGUGGUAAAUGCGGCAUGGGACAAAUCCCAGGAUGUCUAUGGCAAAGUAAAAGGCAAAAAUCGUGUAUUUGAAUGGGCUUUAACGGCAGCCGAGGAUUGUGUGACGCGCGCGGUGACAACGGCGGCUCCCUUCGUCACCAAACUGGACCGACCCAUCGCCUAUGUGGACCAGACCCUGGUCAAGGGCAUCGAUAAGCUGGAGGUAAAGGCGCCGAUCAUCAAGGACACACCCCAGGAGAUCUACAAUCAGGCCAAGAGCAAGGUGAUCGAUGUAGUGCAGCCCCAUUUGGAGCGUGUCGUCAAAUUCAAGGCAGCCGGCCAGCAGAAGGCCGCCUCUCUGAAGGAUCUCGCCUGGCAGAAAGCCAACGAGGUCCUGGCCACCCAGUACGGCAGUCUGGCUGUCAACGGAGUGGACACCACCACGGCGCUGGCCGAGCGGCUCCUGGAAUACUACUUCCCCAAGUGCGAGUCGGAUGUGGAGGAAGAUAAUGAUGAUAAACAAAAUGCCGUCGUGCAGAAUGGCAAGAGUUCUGAAAAUGACAUUAUUGUUGUUGGGGAGAGCUACGACCGGGAUCACGAUCAAGAGAUUGAUGAUAGAUUCUUAGUGGCCGCCUCGACGGUAUUUCUGUCCAUGUCCCUGAAAAUCAUAACCGAAAUUGUUGAGUACGUUAGAAGAAAUCCAGAGAUCGUAGGCAUUAUCGAUAGGGAACUCAACAAGUUUAUGUGCCAGUUCCCGCCAGCGAGGAUCCAGUCCUACACACAGUACAGACGGUUGGACGGCUAUCCAACAAGAUCUCCCGUCGCGUCUAUCGAAAUGUCUCCCGACAGAUCAAGCAGGUCCAGAAGGGCAACAUCAACGACUAUCUGAGCUCCCUGAUAGCCGCCCUUAAGUUGCAUCAGUACAUCAACUUCAUUAACUCGUCGAUGGGCACGAAUGUGGAGCAGUCUGGCGGCAGCAGCAGCGACACCUGUUCGCCAUUUGGAACGACCACUAGCACCAGUUCCACCAGCAACAACAAGGCUGUUGUGGCCUAGUCCCAUGUGGCCAAAAGCAAACGGGCGCCGGCGGUGACGUCUCAGUAGUGGAAAAACAGCAGCCCAUUUACAACUAUAUCUAUAGCUAGAUAUUAUCCUCUUUCCCACACGUUCACCACCUAAGAUACCCCCUACCUACCACCCAAGCCGCCCAUUUUAUAAUGUAUUUUAUAAUUUCUUUUUUUUUUUGCGUAAUAUUUCAUUGAGUACUAGCCGAUACGAGUAGUACGUCCAUAGAGGAUCAUCUAAAGUGGAGAAGGUUUUUUUAAACGCAUACCCGAGAACCCCGUCUCCUGCGCCACCUGCUUUGUAAAUAUUUAUUUGAAGUAUAGCCCUCACCAAUCCUAGUUGUAAGAUAAUAGUAGUCGCAGAGAUCGGGAGUCAGAAGAGAGCGAUUUUUUUUUUCGUCAAUUUUAGCUGUGCUAAAGUGCCACGCAUGCAUUGAAUAAUACAUAAAAUAUACGCACCUAUAUAUGCCUAAUAUAUACGCAGAUAUAUGAUAUAUAAAUUUAAAGAGAACAUACGCGCACGGUUGGCAUAGUGCGGUUUAGCUGUACGUAUACGUAAUAUAAUACCUAAUGCUAUUUCUAUCUCUAUUUAAUUUCCAUUGUACGCUCGCUGGGAGCCCAACCAGAAGAUGUCUAAUUGCUAAUGAAAAUGAAUUAUGCCUAAUCUAUAUCCAUAUAUAUAUAUAUAUAUAUAUAUAUACAUAACACAACACAACACACACACCCCCUCACACACUUGUAUGGAGAACCUAGCCAUAAUGUUUGCUCUAAACAACUAGAUUGAUAAUAUUAAAUAUUAAUAAAAAGAGCCAACGCAAAACUGGAACGAAGAACAAGAGAAAUGCC